CGGGACCGGCCCCGUGUUCGCAGGGACGUGUUGGAUCCGCCGGCUUUGGAGGCUCCGCCGAGCGGGGCCCACGCGAGGCUGCGGCCACAACUGAGGAGCCUGAUGUGCACAGCAGGUGCGAAAGCCCGGCCGGCAGCAGCCUCGGAGAUGAAGGCCUGCGCCUGGGGCCUGUGGACACAGAUGUGCAUGUGGGUUUGAACCCCGCUGCCCUGUGGCCACGGGCUCGCCGCCCCGAGAACAUGACAACAGCCCGGAACGGCCAUGGCCGACUCGCCGCGAUCCCCUGUUCCGUCUCUGAUUCCAAAGACCCCAAAAUGGUGACCCACCCAGCGUGUCGGAAUGGAGGCUGCGGCAGCAACCCCUGCGGGGACGCGGACGGCGCCGCGGAGGCCAGACUCAGCCCCGCCAGGCUCAUCCGCCUCUUCUCCGUGAGCAGGAAGAGGGCCAGCGCCAACCCGGAAAGGCCCCGCUCCAUGGUCCUGAUGGGAAAUUCCUCCACCUGGAACGCCCUUGCCUCCUUCCGGAAAAUGGGGUCUUUUAAGAAACUGAAGUCCUCCGUCCUUCAGGGAAUUCAGAACCGAGAGGGGUCAGAUGCGGCAAAGGAAGACGCCCCGGAACGCGACCCGGGAAAACCCAUCCCGAACGGUGCCGCCGCCGGAACGCACACCGGCAGGUGCCCCUCCUCGGGGCCGGCGAGCGACCCCGUCGCCAAGGCGGCUCCCGGGGGCGCGUCGGACUGCUCCGACCCCGAGGAGGCCGACGACGCCUUCCAGAGGAGCACCCACCGGUCCCGCAGCAUCCGCCGCGCCUACGGCCUGGGCCGCAUCAGCUUCCUAGAUGGCGAGAAGCAUCAGGGGUCCCAGAACCACGUCGGGCCCCUGGCCCCCGUCUCCCAGGAGCCCGCGCUGUGUGAGAUUCUAGUGAAAGACUCUGAGAACAACAGCAUCGUCUACCGGAAAAGCAAGAGCACCGACAACUUGAACUUUCUGAAGAAGAGCUCCUUCAAACGGAAGUCCACCUCGAAUCUCAUGGACCUCAAGGGGGCGCCCGAAAAGCCCGCGCCCCGGAGGACGCUGAGCAGUUCGUCCGCCGACUCGGAAAAGUUCGGUGGGGCCGAGAGGAGGACGAAACGCUGGAAGAGCCCGCUGCGGGCCAGGGACUUCGACAGAGUCCUGAGGCUUGUGAGCAGCGCCGCGGACGCGGCCUGGCGGAGAGAGAGCCCCCGGAGCGGGGCGCCCCCGCCGGGCGAGGCAAGCCAGAGGCUGCAGGUGCACAGCAGGCUGCACGACGCCUACUCCCGCCGCGUGUCCACCAGCGCCGAGCGCGAGUGGAGGAGGUGCGCAGGCGCAGGCGCAGGCGUGGACGCGGCCGCGUGUCCCCUCGAAGCCGCAGGCUCCCGGGCGGCGGCGAGCGCGGGUCCUGGCGCCGGCAGCGCCUCGGCGAGUCCGGCUGCCGAGGACCCGGGCGGACGCCAAGCUGGCAGCCGGUUUACCUUCGAGCCGGAGCAGCCGCUCACCCCCCAAAGGCCAACCACGCCCAAGCCCCCCAGCCCUCAGAGCCCGGGCGCAGGAAACGCCACGUGUCCCAGCAGUCUCAGCGCGCUGUCCCUGAGUUCAGUGGACAGUGAAGAGAGGGCAGAGGGGCCCGCGUCCUCCCAGGAUUCGGCGCAAGCCACGUGUGACAAGGGCAGUGACGACAGCAGCGUCGGCAGCCACCCUCAGCUGAGCCCCCAGCUGGUGUCGGGUCCCGAAGAAAGGAGGGAGGAGGUUGUGGCUGAGGAAUCCUGGAGGCGGGGCUCAUCACGGGAUGAAGAAAGGACAGAGGCUCAGAGGAUCACCAGGAGGAAGUGGGGUUCUGGGAGAAGGUCAAGGCCCCGACCGCUCUCCGACUAUGGCCAGUUGGCCAACCGAAGUCUCUCUAUUCCUGAAGACUCCAUUGCUGUGGACCCCCAGAAAGAGGACACUGUGGACGGGGACCGGCAGCCAAACACGGCCUCCAUGGACCCUGCAGACCAGAACCCUGCCGUGGGCUGUCCCAAAGGCAGCCGGAGAAGACGCCCCAUCUCUGUGAUAGGCGGGGUCAGCUUCUAUGGGAACAGCCAGACAGAGGAAAUAGAGAGUCUUCUGACCCAACCGGCAGCCAGGCCUCCCGUGCCAGCUCACCAGGUGCUGCCCUACAAGGCGGUUUCGGCCCGGUUCCGGCCCUUCACCUUCUCCCAGAGCACCCCCAUCGGACUGGACCGCGUGGGGCGCCGGCGGCAGAUGCGAGCGUCCAACGUCUCUUCAGAGGGGGGUACCGAGUCCUCUGCCUUAGUGGAUGACAACGGCAGCGAGGAGGAUUACAGCUAUGAAGACAUCUGUCAGGCCAACCCCAGAUACCUCCAGCCGGGCGGGGAACAGCUGGCCAUCAACGAGCUGAUCAGCGAUGGCAGUGUGGUCUGCGCAGAGGCCCUAUGGGACCACGUGACCAUGGACGACCAGGAACUGGGCUUCAAGGCAGGAGAUGUCAUCCAGGUUCUGGAAGCCUCUAACAAGGACUGGUGGUGCCGAAGUGAAGACAAGGAAGCCUGGUUCCCCGCAAGCUUUGUCAGAUUGCGUGUCAAUCAGGAAGAGCUGUCGGAGAAUUCCAGCAGCACCCAGGGUGAGGAGCAGGAGGAGGAUGCCGGCAAGAACCGCCACAGACACUUGGAGAGCAAGCACCAGAUGAGGACCAAUGUCAUCCAGGAGAUCAUGAACACUGAGCGGGUGUACAUCAAGCACCUCAAGGACAUCUGUGAGGGCUAUAUCCGACAAUGUCGCAAACACGGAAUGUUCACUGUUGCGCAACUAGCCACCAUUUUUGGAAACAUUGAAGAUAUUUACAAAUUCCAGAAAGUUCCUGAAGACCUUGAGAAACAGUACAAUAAAGAGGAACCUCUAAGUGAAAUAGGAUCCUGCUUUCUGCAACAUCAAGAGGGCUUUGCCAUCUACUCCGAGUACUGUAACAACCACCCGGCGGCCUGCGCGGAGCUGUCCCGCCUGAUGAAGCAGGGCCGCUACCGACACUUCUUCGAAGCCUGCCGCCUGCUGCAGCAGAUGAUCGACAUCGCCAUCGACGGGUUCCUGCUGACGCCGGUGCAGAAGAUCUGCAAGUACCCUCUGCAGCUGGCCGAGGCGCUCAAGUACACCACGCAGGAGCACAGUGAUUACAACAAUAUAAAGGCAGCCUACGAGCCAUGAAGAACGUAGCCUGUUUUGAUCAAUGAGCGCAAGCGCAGGCUGGAAAGCAUAGACAAGAUAGCACGGUGGCAGGUGUCCAUCGUGGGCUGGGAGGGGCUGGAUAUCCUCGAGCGGAGCUCGGAACUGAUCCACUCGGGGAGCUGACCCAGGUCAGCAGGCACGGCAAGAGCCGAGCAGCGGACGUUCUUCCUGUUUGACCAGCUGGUGUCGUGCAAGAAGGACCUGUGCGCAGGGACGUGCUCUACUACCGAUGGCCGCACGGACAUGGACGAGGUGCGGCUUGUGGACCUGGAGGACUGGCGGGACAGGACUGGAACCUCAGCUGAAAACGCGUUCAAGCUCGUCAGCAAAACCACCGACGAGGUCCACCUGUUCUGCGCCAAGAAGCAGGAAGACAAGGCGAGGUGGCUGCAGGCCUGCGGCGACGAGAAGCGCGUGCGGGAGGACCGCGAGAUGGGAAUGGGAAAUUUCAGAAAAUCAAAGAAACUCGCCAUGCUAAAUGCUCAAAAGGCAGGACACGGGAAGUCAAAGGGCUACAGCGCGUGCCCGGUGGCCCUGCCGCACCAGAGCUUGCACCCCCUUCACCAGCGCCACGUGACCGUGCCCACCAGCGUCCCCCAGCAGCAGGUGUUUGCCCUGGCAGAACCCAAGAGGAAGCCUUCGCUCUUCUGGCACACGUUCAACAAACUCACCCCUUUCAAGAAGUGGAAACCGGAAGGCCGCACUUCGGCUGAGGUGUCCGCCGAGAGGAGAACCAGUUUUGUUUCUCGCGCGCUGACCCAGUGCUGAGAACUUGUUUCGGGGGAUCCGUGGGGAGCAGAAGGGCGCAGACGCGCCUCAGCGUUCAGAGGCCCGGCUCCCCCUGGAGGGAGGCGAAGGUCGUGAGGCGCGGCCCCGAUGUCCACGAGACCCCCUCCGUGAUCCGUGCCGAGCCGGCCGGGCCGUGGGAACCAGCGACGACCUCAGGGAAGCCGAGCGGUGACCCCAGCGGGCAUCGCCAUGACGGGCACGCACCGUGCUGCCCUUCCUGAGGACGGCCCGGAUCGCACUGUCACCGUUGCACCGUGGGUUUCCAGGGGGACGGUAGCGAUGGGGUUGGUGCGAAGGUGUCUCGCCAGCACCGGGAAGCUCUGCCUCUCUUCCAGUGUUAGGGGACUUCCCGCCACAGCGCACGUGGCCAUCGUGUCCCCCGGUGUCCUCUGCAUUGUUGCCAAAUAGCGCAGGCUGCCUCUUGCCAGAUGCGCCCCCCACAGGCUGGAGGGGCGAGCGCCGUGAAUCCCUCACGCGGAGGGCAGUCGGGGUCACUGAAGCCUCCUGAAGCUGCCGCUGCUUACGGGAGAGAGUGCCGCGUCCCCCGCGGGCUGGUGUCAACCACCCCCCCCCCCCCCCCGGCGGGCACCCUCCUGCCGGAGUGCGGCGGAAGUCACACGCACUCACACGCUGUGACCUAACAGACUAAUCGGACGCACCUGUUUGCGAUACGAAACCCCCCACCUGCUUUAAUUUUACGAUAAAUUAAAUAACGCACCUGCAGCCGGUGCAAGGCGUUCUUAGAACAUCCGAGGUUUUCCCGUCAGUUGUUUUGGCGUCCCCACCAAUCCAGUGACGGCGACCCGAACGGUCCGCCCAGAAAGCACGCGGUUCCGAGCAGCCCCCCUCAGGACGCGAAGCCGACUUCUCCUGCAUAAACUCCACACACAGCGGGGCCAGCCCCGGCCUUACUGUGCUGUCAGGAGGGUUCCGGAGAUCCGUUCCGUAAGAAUGAACGAAAAGUACACGUCGCCCCAGACACGGCCGUCCUCUGUCCCGGGGGCCACGUGGGCCGAUGCCUGUCGGUCGUCAUCUUGUCUUCGCCCGCGUUGUAAAGCCGGAUGGAAAGAACUCGGACGCGCGUCUCAAGAAGACGGGCUUCGCAAGGGCGACGACCUUGAAACGCACCCGGGCGCCGGACGGGCAGCGGCGUGGGGACGCCCGCUGCUUCCUGUCUGAGACAGCCCUUGCGGUUUGCUCCACGGCGGCCGUGCUUGACCAGAGGGGUAGCCGUGCCUCCGGGGCCCGGUUCCCCUUCCCUUUCUCCCCCCCCCCACCUCCCCUCCUUCCCAGGGCCGGCCCCAGAGGCGGGUGACGUCACGCGUGGAGCAGGACAAGACCCUGACGUUGGAGCGGGCCUCGGUAAGAACCGUCUGGACAUCGGACCAGUCCCGGACCCCGCUCUCCGCCGCGUCGAGGUGCUCGCCCGACGUGUCGUGUCGCCGCGAAGGCCUGGUACUGACCUGUGGCCGCACGCCCCGCCCAGGGGCUGCUUCCGGGGCCCGGAGAGGACGGCGGCGUCCGAGAGGGGGCUGCUCGGGGGGCGCCGUGGCUCUGCGGUUCCGGGCUGCUGUGCAUGCGUGCGCCGUUUCGGGUCUGAGGAGAACGCCCCCUUUUAUUUUAGUUGCGUUUAUGUAACUGACCCUUCUACUAACAAAAUGCAAUGGUAGAUUUCGAAAACCACACUUAACGUGCUUUUUGUGGGCCCCUUAGUAAUAGCCGUUAGGAGUCUCUGUGCUAAACGGAGUCGUUAGUCUAUACGACAGUUUUGGACAGUUGUUUUUUUUAAUCUAAGAAAAUUGCUUUAGGGAAGAAAAGAGAAACAUUUGCUUCUGUCACAUUUUCGAUGAGGAUUGAAUUCAACCGAAGAACCACUUCAGGGCUUCCAUUUACUGAUAUUAAUGCGCAGUGAGGAGGGGCUUAAAUUCUGUGACCAGGGUUGAUUUCCCGGCCCAGCCCCAGCUUCUGGGUGCCACCUGUCCCUCCGUGGAUUCUCUAACAGAAGAAGGAAGCUCGGACCCCAGGGCCUUUACGAGGCUGCCCCGUGAACUUGGGACAGUGUGGAGAGUCACACGAUCAAAUCUCCACCCUGGGUGGAUACUGCUUGAAAUCGUAGGCGAUUUUGAAAACUGAGACUUUUUUUUUUUUUUUAAGGUAGAAUGCCUUUGACGUCUUUAAAUCUGUCUAACUUGAGUUCUUUUUUUUUUUUUUUUUUUUUACCAAACGCCUGAGUUCUAUAAAGAAUACGUGGCUCAAGUAUUCUAAUCGUAGGUUUUUGCCAAACUUUCCUCCUUAAUUUAAGUCACGUGUUCCUCUUGGGAAGAAAAAGAGAAGCCAAGAGCCUCCUGUGUGGAUUCUGUAUGUUUGGGAGUCUUGCUUUUCCCUGUUUGUCUCAUUUUAACCCCCCCCCCCCCCUUGCAUAUUCCGGAUGCCCCCCAACCCCCCCCCCCCACACUCACACACAAUCACAAAGAUGGCACAACACUUUGACAAAUUUCACUUAUUGUUUGUAUUUCAGAAUUUGCCAACUCUUUUGGAAGACCACUCAAAUGACCGUGAGUCAAAAGUAGCCUUCUCAGUUUUAAUCCUACCAAAAAUGCACAACAACCUUGCAGUAAAUCGUAAGCCAUCAUAAAAUGGGACAUUUGUAAAAUCCUAGAGAAACACCAUUCUGUAUCUUUGGCCCACAGAUGAGAAAAAGGAUGACAGCAAUGUGCUAGAGCUUUCGCGGGGUCCCUUCUUCAUAGUGUGAUUUUCAGUAGAUCCCCUCUUUUCCCUGGUAGAUCUGAUGUUGUUGUUGAAAACAUUUCACCCCCGGGCUCCGUGCCGUUUCUGAAUAUUGUUGUGCCUUUUUAUACCUAGUCCAGACAAAGACCAACUCCAAGCCUGUUCAGAAAAUCCCCUCGAUCCUACGUUGCUGUUGUCUAGACACAAAACAAACGUGCAUUUAAUUCACUUUGUUUCACGGUGGAAAUCUUUUUGUAAAAGCCACAAUCCAGCAUCUGUAAGUUGGAAAUAAAUCUCUCCGUGCCCCAAUUGCUGGUCUUUCUCAACACAGAUAAGUCCACUUAUUUACCCGAAUAGAGCAGCCCGAGUACCUGGAGUCAGGAAGAGAAGCGUGCUGUAUGGUCGUUUUAUGGAAGAGAGCAGAAACACAUGUGUCCCUCACAGGCCAGCGGUGACAAGUGUGGAUAAAUGUCCCUUUGAUGGCUGACAGGCCAGGGAUGCUGGACACAGAUCGGCGAGGUCACACCGCUCAAAAGCAGGUGUCCCUGUAAUAAGCUUACCCUACAAAUGUCCUUGUCAGAAUUCCACUCGGCUGGUGCUGUUAUCUCAGGAUGCGCGCAGCGGAAGUAGAGUUCAAAUGGUUUUGAAUAGAAUAAGCAGCCAACUGUCUGAUCUUGAAAAGAGAAACCCGGAAGCUUAAAUAUUUGAUGCAAAUAUACUUAGCUACAACACGCUUAACUUUAUUGUCUUAGUUCUGUCAUAGGCAUCAACCUUUAUAUUUAGAAAAUCCUUUAACUGAUUCUGUAAUUUAACAAUUGGUCUCUUUUGUAAAUAUUAGCAUCAGUUGUGUUUACCCAUUUUGCAAACUUUUAGUAACCUUUUCCUUGAUUUUUAACUCAUCAACAUCAAGACAAUGUUGUUAAGCCAAGUGACAGCUUCGAAACUGAUGAAUUAGCUGUUGACAGCUCAACUAUGUUGUCCCAGACGGCUAUAACUUGAUAUGUAUUUCUGUUGAAUGAAGUUUUUGUAAAAAGAAAAAAAAAGAUAUUAUUUACAAUGUUAUUUGAAUGAUUUCUUGUAAAUGCUGUGAAUCUAUAUUUGUUGUUUUGUAUCUGUAUAUUAAAGUUAAUUUGCCAAACUGG